AUGCCAGUGAUUGGUCCGAUGUAGCUUCAGUGUGCACCUUCGAACGAUACCAUGAGCACUCCGCAGAAGCUCAUAAUACUCGCCCUAGUGGCGACAGCCCUGGCCGGCGAUGCCAAGGAGACGAACACGAAGCCGGCCGUAGCCGAGACGAAGGAAAAGAGUAAGCGAGGAUUGGAGCUGAGUCUUGGGGGCGGCGGAGGGUUGGAGAGUUACGGCGGCGGGGGCCUGGAACACGGUUACGGAGGAGGUUUGAGCCUCGGUGGUGGCCUCGGUGGAGGCCUUGGCGGAGGUCUGGGUGGAGGAUUCGGCGGCGGCGGUGGAGGUGGAGGCGACGGAGGUCGCAUAACGGGAAUCACGAUCCACAGAGAGAACCAAGUUCGUGUGCCCCAACCGUACCCGGUCGAGAGAAACGUACCUGUACCGUAUCCAGUCCCGGUUAAAAUUCCCGUGGAGCGGCCAGUCCCGGUGCACAUACCGAAACCGUACCCAGUCCCCGUAGAGAAGACGGUCCCAGUUCCAGUGGAGAAACCGGUCCCGGUGCCGUACACCGUGCCCGUCAAAGUGCCCGUCAAGGUGCCUUACCCGGUCAGCGUGCCAGUAAAGGUCCCAGUCGCGAUCGAGAAGGAGGUUCCUUACCCAGUCAAGGUUCCUGUUGUUGUCAAGGAGUCAUAUCCAGUUCUGAUUAGCGGUGGCGGCGGCGGUGGUGGUUUAGGAGGUGGUUUGGGAGGUGGACACGGGGGUGGAUUCGGAGGUGGACACGGAGGUGGAUUCGGAGGUGGACACGAAUUGUCACUCGGGUUACAUCAUUGA